CAAACUCUUCCCCUCGCUCAAACCGGUAGUUGUCAUGGCGAUGGAGUCAGCACCGGCGUCGGCUCCAGGGGUUGUUGCCAUGGAGAUCCCGGUGCGAGGUGCGCUCCCGGUGGUGGAGGAAGACGAGGGUUUCAGCGCGCAACCGCCGGGGUCCGAGGAGCGACUACGGUACCGCCGAGGAGCAGGGAGACGGCGGCGAGGGUUGCCGUUCAACCGGGGAAGCUACUACAUGCUGAUAGUGAUCGGGGAGAUCGGCACGGAGCACCAGCUGGACACCGCCAGAGCGCAGAUAGAGCGGGGUAUUCGAUCCUGGGACGUUGACCUCAAGUGUUGCGACCUUGAUCAGCAGUUGCAGCUGUUUAUAACUCGUCACUCUGCCCACUUCUCCUCCGAGGUCAGAGGACAAAGGACUCUCCACCACAGGAGCGAUGUCCUAGAGACUGUGGUGCUUGUCAACCCUUCAGAAGACACUGUUGUAUCAGAGAUCCAGACACUAGUCACAGACUCAGCAGGACACAAGCUCCUGGUCUUGAGUGGCCAGAACUCAGAUCACGGUGGCCUUCUUCUUCAAAGCGGGGUUUUCACCUACCAGACCUUUUCACGUAUCUUUACUGAUCCUGGGGUCAGUGUAUUGCUGGGCACAGCAGCCCCCAAGCAGCAGGCAACACUUACUGUGUCCUGCCGCGGGGAGGUGGGCUGGAGCUCCCUGGGACAGCAACAGACCCUGCGGGAGUUCCUGGAAUACAAACUAAACCCUGAGCCUGUUCUCCUCAAGAUGGAGGGCGUCACAGAGUUCACAGAGUACGUCUCUGAAACCGUAGAUGUCCCUUCACCUUUCGACCUCCUGGAGCCUCCCACCUCCGGAGGCUUCCUGAAGCUGUCCAAGCCCUGCUGCUACAUCUUUCCCGGUGGACGAGGAGACUCCGCUCUCUUUGCUGUGAAUGGCUUCAACAUCCUAGUGGAUGGAGGCUCAGAACGAAAAUCCUGCUUCUGGAAGCUGGUCCGUCACUUGGACCGCAUCGACUCAAUUCUCCUCACACACAUCGGCGCUGACAAUCUCCCAGGUAUCAAUGGACUUCUGCAAAGGAAGAUAGCAGAACAGGAGGAGGAGCGGUCACAAGGUUCCACCAAUUAUAGCGACUGGAUGAAGAACCUGAUUUCUCCAGAACUUGGUGUUGUGUUUUUCAACGUACCAGAGAAGCUUCGUAUGCCAGAAUCCAAUCUGAAGGUGAAACGCAGCAUCGAGGAGGCCUCUCUUACUUUACAGUACCUUAACAAACUAGGAAUCAAGCCGGAGCCUCUCUUUCGAGUGGUCAGCAACACUAUUGAGCCUAUUACGCUCUUCCACAAGAUGGGAGUGGGUAGGUUAGACAUGUAUAUUCUCAACCCAGUCAAAGACAGUAAAGAAAUGCAGUUUUUAAUGCAGAAAUGGGCUGGCAACAGCAAAGCCAAAACUGGAAUUGUGCUCCCAAACGGAAAAGAGGGGGAAAUAUCUGUACCCUACCUGACAUCAGUUACAGCCUUAGUUGUUUGGCUCCCCGCCAACCCUGCAGAAAAGAUUGUCAGGGUUCUGUUCCCUGGGAAUGCACCACAAAACAAGAUCCUGGAGGGCCUAGAAAAAUUAAAGCAUCUUGACUUCUUGCGUUAUCCUGUAGCCACACAAAAGGACAUUGCCUCAGGAGCCCCUCCCUCUGUUAUAAAACAAACUAAGUUAAAACAGAGAACAGAUAGCAAAGAGAGUCUCAAAUCAUCUCCCAAGACAACUGCAAAAGCCGCAAAGAAAGAGACUGAAGCCCAAGAUGAUGUGUCAGCCACUACUGAAGCAAAGAGCGAUUCUGUGAAAGAAAACAUAUCAGAAAAAAAAGAGGAGAAAAAACCUGCCAAGACUCCAAAAUCUAAAACGGAAACACCAGAAAAGAAGAAGCUCCUGAAAGAAAAAUCACUAAAAAAGCAUUCUAAGGAAAGGGUGUCAAAAAUGGAUGAGAAGAAGGACAAGGAAAAGAAAGAGAUCAAGAAGGUAAAGAAAGAUGACUCGGCUAAAAAAGACGAUAAGAAAGAUGCAAAGUCCAAAGAGGACAAGAAGAAGGACACAUCCAAACCUGAGCUGAGAAAAAUUACAAAGCCAGACCUGAAGCCAUUCACACCAGAGGUAAGAAAGACAUUACAUAAAGCUAAAGUGUCAAGUAAAGCCAAAACUGGCAAAAGCAAAGCAGCAAAGGCUGAACCUGCUGAACCUAAAGCAGAAGAGCCAAAACCUGAAACUGUUCAACCUGAACCGAUAGAGAAUGGAGCUGUGGAGGGCACAUCCGCUGCCUCCACACCUGAAGACCUCACCAAGGAGUUUGAAGAACUGGAAAAGGCUAAAGUGAUAGAUGUGUCAGCAGAGCCUACUGACAGUAAUGAGUUUCCAUCCAACCUGACAACAGAAAAGGAAGAGAACAAGAAAGAACAUGAAGCAACUUCUGAAAUUCCAUCUGGAACAAAGUCACCUGAAAGGGAGGCACCAACCCCAGAAACAAAAGUUGAAACUGAAGACGGAGACAAAGAGUCAACACAAGAGGGAGAACUGGAAGAGGCUCAAAAGUUUGAGGAUGAAGGAGCAGCGACUCAAGAUGAAGAUGAAGAGGAGGAGGAAGAAGAGGCUCCAGCUGCUGAAAAGAAAGCACAGGAGGAGGAGGAAGAUGAAGAGGACAUGGGCAUAGGUGUUGAUGAAGAUGAAUCAAAAUGGAGGGAGGCAAAGGACGAUGGGCUUGACAGAAAACAUGAACUAGAAGAAAUGGAAAAAUCAGAAACUCUUUCAGCUAAGGCUUUGACAAAGGAGAAACUACAAAUGCCUCCACCGACUCAUGAAAAAGAAGAGGAACAGGAGGAGGAAGAUGAGGCACUGGAAAAAGCUGAACUGGAGGAGGUAGAAGAUUUAGAUGUAAUAGCCGAUGAAGAGAUCAAAGUCAGACCUGAGGAUGCAGUUGAAACAAAAUCUACUGAAAUUCUGACUGCAGCCAAAGAGGAAGAGGAUGAGGAGGGCUACUUAUCACAUGUUGGAGGUGCCACUGCUCCUAUAACAUCUAUAGUUCAAGGUGCCACUGCACCCGAGCCCAUCUCCUACAUCCAAGAUGAGACGAUUCCUGGCUACUCUGAGACAGAACAGACCAUCUCCGAUGAGGAGAUUCAUGAGGAAGCAGAGGAGAGAAUACCACACCUCCAGUAUGAUGUUGGUGCCUAUGACAUCUCUGUUCCAGAUCAGACGGGCUCUUUUGUAGACAUUCAUGGCAUGAGGGAGAUGCAAGCUGCGGCUAUUUCCGAGAAAGGCUUUAUUCCAGGAGUACAAGAGCAAGUGUCUGUGUUCACCAACAUCAUCACUGCUCCUCUGGCAGAGGAAGAACAUGUGUCUUCUGCAACGUCCAUCACAGAGUAUGACAAAAUGUCCUCCUUCCCAACUUCCAUCGCUGAAGAUCAAUCAGUGGCGUCUGUCGCAGCACCGCUAGCUGAGGAACCACCAAAGUCCCAGGCCGUCCCGUCAACCCCACCUGAUGCUACCCAAGGCAAAGAGCCGCCGCAUUCUGCAGAAACUCUUUCACCACCUUCUUUAGAAGAUGACAAACAGUCCAAAUCUCCUUCUGAUGAUUUGCAGCUUCCUGUUGUAGAAGAGAAGACAGUAACUAAGGCUCCCGAUGCACCCACAGAAGAGGAGGAGGAAGAAGAGGAGGAAGAGGACCAAACUCCAAAUGUUGACAUUUCGCUUGAAAAACUCCAAGAGGGAUAUGCUACAUCCCAAAUAACUCAGGAUAAGGAGAAAGUUGCUGAAAAGUUUCCUGACACAAGGUCCCCAGAACAGCCUGUACAAGACAUUAAACCAGUCCACCUACCAGUUGAGGAGGAAAAUAUUGAUGCAGUUGCAGCUAAAGAUAUUUCAUCAGUUGUGCCCACAAGACCAUUUGGAUCAGACUCAGUAACUUCAGAGAGUGAGGAGCGUUGCUUCAGUCCGGAUGAUAUCACUGUGAAAAUGGCUUCCCCUCCACAGUCUGGACCCUCAAGCCCCGCUCACUCUCCGCUUCGUCAGUCUCCAGUGGAAGACAAAGCAAAGAUCUUCCCAGAUUUGGAGCUGCAAAAGCAAGAGGAGCUUCCUGUGGUGGUCACCACAACUGAUGACAAGACUAAACAGAAAGAUGACACAGAAACAGAAGUGCAGAAAGAUUUUGAUAAGCCGAAAGGAGAACAGCCUGAAGUAGAUCUUGCAGAAUCUUUAGAGAAAUCAAUUGACAAAGACACGAAAGAGGCUCCAGUGAUUAAAGAGCAAGAAGAACACGCUUUACCUUCUAAAGAUGAAGGGAAACUGGCAGAGACAGUGCCUGCUGUUGCUGCCUCUGUAACUGAAGUUCAACAACCAGUCACAGUGAAGGAUUCCCACAUCUCAUCUGGACAAUACGAUGAAGACACUGACACUUUCAAAGAAAAAGAAACUAAGGAGCCUGUAGCAGAUAAAUUCCCGGGCAAGGAGAGUCGUUCUCUUGAUGAUGGUGAUGACGAUGACAAGAAAGACGAUGAUGAUCACGAUGAUAAAUAUGCCGUUAAAAUCGUCAAGGUGGAACAGGAAAAAGAAAAGGACGAUACCCUAGAUGUCACACAUAUCAAGGAUGAGCAGAAACCGAUAUCUGUCAUCCAGGAAGACAUUUCUGUUGUUAAACCCAUCACGGAUGAGAAAACAGAGAAAGAGGUUGUUAAAGAAGCUACUUCGGAUGUGAAACCUGUCAAAGAAGAAAUUGAAAAGGACAUUGUUACUGUCGAUAGUGCCAUUAAAGAUGAACUCAAAGAGCCAGAAAAAGACCACCCUCCAGUGGUUAAAACAGCUGAAGAGGCAGAGAAGAAAAUAAUCACUUCUGAGGUCAAACAAAUCAAAGAUGAGCAGAAGCAAAGUGAUGAAACACAAAAAGAAGAUAUUGACCUCAAAACUAAAGGUGAGGUCAAGGAGACAGAGGUUAAAAAGGAUGAUGUGUCUGACAGCAAGGUUUUAAAAGAAGAGGAGAAGAAAGAAGCAGAGAAGAGUGACACUUCUGAUAUCAAGUCUUUACAGACUCAAGAGAAAGAGGCUGAAAAGGACCACACUUCAGAUAUCAAGCCUGUUAAAGAAGAGAUGGAGAGAGAGGCAAAGAAAGAUGAUACUCCCAGCACUGAGCCUACCCAAGAGGAGGAGAAGAAAAAGGAGACAGAAACAUCUUCUAUUAAAGUGACUGAAGAUAAGAAAGAGGGAGAGGUGGAAAAGACAGACACGCCUGCUACCAAGGCCUUAACACAUGAGCAGAUGGAAGAGAAGAAAGAGAUGGACGACACUGCUUCUGACCUCUCCAAAGACAUCGAAAUUAUCAGUAAGAAGGAUGAAUCUGCUGUUACCACGAAGGAACAGGAGAAAGAAACUUGUAAAGAUGUCAUCUCAACCCUCAGCAUCACACAGGUGGAAAAAAAGGAUGAGACAUUGAGCAAAGAUGAGGUGUUGGAGGCUAAGACAACCACAGAAAAAGAAAAGGAGAAAGAUACAAGUGAAGAAGAAAGCACUAAAGCUUCCCAGGAACCGGACAAAGAUGUAAUAACACAGGAUGAUGUCUCCAUUUUCAAACCUACUCCAGAAGAAGACAAGAAAGAAGACGCUCUUAAACUUACUACAGCAGAAGUAAAAGAAAAGCUGCCAAGUAAGGAUGAGAUUUCCGAUGUUAAAACAACAGUUGAAGAAGAAAAGAAAGAAGAAGCAAGUAAAGAUGAUGCUGCUGCCACUAUACCUUCCAAGAUGGAGGAGUCUGUAAUCAUACACAAAGAUGAUGAUUUCCCUGUCACCCCAACUGAGACAAAAGCAAAUGAAACACUUGUCAAACAAGCUGUGGAAGGAGAAAAAGAGCAAGAUGCAAGUAAAGAUGUCACAUCUCCUGUCAAAGCAGUUAAGAUAGAGGCAGAGGAAGUAAUGAGUGAAGAUAUCUCUACUGUCAAAACAACAAAGGAUGAAAUAUACACUACAGAUAUCGUUGUUGUUGCUACGCCCACUGCACAAGACAAAAAGGACAAAGAAAUUAGUAAAGAUAUUUGUGUCGAACCAACAACAGAAGAAGAAAAGGUGAAAACAGUAGAUAAGGAGGAAAUGGUGACUGCCACACUGUCCAAGGAAAAAGAAGAUGAAGUGACAGUUCCGGGUCAUAGUGUUGCUGUCACAGCCACCAAGGAGGAAAAAGAAACAGUAACAAUAAAAGAGGACAUGUCUGACAUAAAAACCCCCAAAGAGGAGGAAACCAAAGACUCAGUAGGUGUUAAGUCCCUUACAGAUGAUGAGGAGAAGAAGGUUGAAUUGAAAGAUGUUACAUCAGAUGUAAAACUCAUCAAGGUGGAGGAAAAAGAAACACCAAAAGAGGAAGCUUUUGAUAAAGAAACAAAAGCUGAAAAGGAGGAUGAAAAGCCAGAUAGUAGCAAGAUUGUAUCUAUUAAGGAGCAGAAGGAAAAAGACAUUGAUGAUACUUCAAUUAAAACCACUAAGGAUGACGUAGAGGUAGGUAAACGUGACAUCUCCGAUCAACAAACAAUAAAGCAGGAGACUAAAGAGCAGGAGAAGGUUGUCAUCGAUGACCACAAACCCGUUUUGGAGGAGGUGAAGGAUACAGCAACUGAGAAGAGUGUCAUUGUAAAAGGAAAAGAAACAGAUACCACUAUUGAGCAACUCACAGAUGUAAAAGAGCCAUCUAAAGUUGAAACCAUCGAGCAGGAAAUGAAAGAUGUAGUCAAACAAAUAAGUCGUGAGGAUGAAUCUAUCAAGGAGGAGACAGAGGUCAGUCCAGCAUUUGGUGACAAAAAAGAAGAAAAGGUGAAAGAUGAUCAUCUUCCUGAGCCUGAAUCCAAGAAGGAUGAUAAAAAGGAGGUAGAUCUUCCACAGGCCCAGGCCUUGGAAGAGGAGAAGACUAAAAAGGGUGACAUUUUCGAGGUUAGCGAUAAGCAAAAACAUGAAGAGCCCUCUGAUAAGCUUUCUGAAGCUUCGACAGAGAAGGAAACGUUUGGCACUACAUCAGUAGAAAUUCAACAAGACUCUUCUGUAACAACACUGAGUGAAGACCAGAAAACGGUGAAAGAUGACAUUUGUUUGUCUCCCCACCAGAUACAGGAGGAGAAGAAAGAACAAGAUAAAGAGUCACAGGUUAUUAUUGUUCAGGAAGAGAAGAUGGAGAAAGAAAAAGAUGAUACACAUGUUGCAGAAGUGAGCAAAGAACAGAAAAUGGAAAAAGAGCAAGAGAAAGAAUACAGUUAUGAGACUGAAGUUGAAAAGACAAAAACAGCAGUUGAAGAUAAGAUUGUUAAGGAAAAGGAUGCUGCUGACAUCAAGACAGGCGAGAUUACAGAUAGAGAAAAGUCUGACUCCACAGAUGUGGAACACACCAAAGAAGAGAAAUGGGAGAAAGAGGAAUUACAGGAGAAAGAUUUGGCUAAAACCAUUACACAACCUGCACAGACAACAUCCGGAGAAUUGGCACCCAAGUCAGAUUACAAAUCUGCAUUUGUGGUUCAGUCCUCAGAUGAAGACAGAGAAGAUGAGGAAGAGGAAGAUAUUUGUAUGGGAGGAGCCGGUUCCAGACCUUUGUCGGUGGAGCCCAAAAAAUCUGACCAUGACAUUUGUUCUGCAAGUCUGCCUUUACCUCAAACUCCACAAAUGAGUGACCAAACUAAACCAACAACGACUCAACAGUCCAUAGUCAUCAUUCCUACACUUACAAUGCAGGAGCCCUCUUUGGAUGAAGAUGUCAAAGAGUUUGUAAAAGAUGAUUCUGGGGUUUCACCUGAAGCAGACAAAGAUAUUGGGAAACCAGAAACUCCUGCACCACUUGCCAAGCCUGAGCCAUCCUUUGAUAUUGUCACCUCAAAGGAGGAGACAAUAUUUACUUCAAAGGAAGAAACUGUUUCUUUUAUGCCAGCUGCCAAAGCAGAACCAAUGUCUGACACAACAGAGAAAAAGCCUGCGUUGUCAACAGUAUCAAGCACUGACAGCCAACCUAGGAGUUGCACACUUUCGAGCACUGAAAGCCAGUCAAGCGUGGAGGAAACACCACAAAAAGAGUCAGGAGUCAGUGCUGCAGAAAAGACAAAGAUGGAUGAGAAGCCCGGGAAGGAAGCAGAGAGGGAGAUGGAAGGAGAACGAGAGGUGGCAUCUCCAGGAUUAUCACAGCCUUGUUCAUAUUUCAUGCUGGACAAAGAUUCUGAAGAUCAGAUCAGUCAUACUACUGACACUGUAAAAACAGAGAGUAGUGAAAAAAUGAGCCCGGACAAGGAGAUCAUUGGUGGAGACCUCGGAGAUGAGAAGCAAACUUUUGGUGCAUCUAAGUAUGAGCCCUAUGAAAAACCAAUCCCAAAAGAUCAUGAUCUGGACUCAAGAGAGGAGAGUGAGGUUUCUUUGGGUUUUGAUCAUGCUUCUGACAUUUGCAUUGACGAUAACCGAAGAACAAGCCAGGCAGAGGCUGGAGGAGCCAUGUUCCUCCUGGACGAUCAGUACAAAGAGGAGCCUCUGUCUUUCAGUAGAGUCGACUACAGCCCGGUGUCCCUCACAGAGAGUGAAAGAAGCAGCCACCACAGUCAAAGCCCCUCCCCUAAAUAUGAGGACAGAGAGAAAGGCCAAGAGGAAGAGAGUGAGAGAGAAGAAAGAGCAGAUACCCCUUGUGUUGACAAGAGCUUUUCGUCCUUAGACAUGCAAGAUAACAAAAUGUCCCAAGGUGCAGAGUCUGAUUCAUUCAGCCUCAAAGAGGACAAACCUGAGAAGUCAGAGAAAGAGAAAGAAGAUGUGAGGGAAGGUGCUGCAGUAUCUCUUCAAACACAAGCUGCAGGAGAAAGGGAUGUAGCUUCUACCAGUGCUGCCAUUCAGUCAACAGGCAUAACACCAAGACAAGACACACCCUGUCCUCCGUGGAGCCAGUCAGAGCUUGGUGCCCAAGCUUCAGCUAUCAGUGGAGCUUUUGUAGAACUCACAGAGAAAGAGAAAGAAAAAUCUGCAGAGUCACUCAAAGAAUCCGCUGAUCAUAAAAAAGAAGGAUCUCCAUCAGGUCGGCACUCACCUGCAGAAAAAGACAUUUUACCUGAACAAGCGUCAUUGUUAGAGAGAGCAGAAACCUCAAGUCAUUCAAGGACUGUUAUAGGACAUGAAAUAGACGACAAUGUUUUGGCAUCUGAUAACAAUCAAAUGAGCAGUGCUGCUCCUUGUAAAUCCUUAUGUUUUUCCGAAGGAAAAGAGAGCUUAAUAGAUAAGCGGUUACUGGUAGAGGGGGAAGAUUUCAAUGUCGAUGAUGAUGAAGACGAAGAUGAGGAUGAGGAGGAGGAAGAAGAAGAGGAGGAGUCAAGUGAUGUAGAUCUGGAAAAGGGGGCCAGAGAACAGUCUGAAAAAGAAAUGUGCAGAAGGGGUUCUGAUGACAGUGCUGCAUUAGCAGAGGUGGAGGACUCAAACAAAAAGGCACAGCUGCCUGAAUCAAAGAUGCUGAAAGAGGAAACAGUCUGCAAACCAACACCCGAUGAUACUUCAGCUUUGAAAGUUACAGAGACAGACAAGCAGGACACGAGUAAAACAACACCUGAAACAAAACCGCUUGAAGAGGAGGCUACCGUUAGUGAUACAACCACAUCCAAACCUCCUGAAACAAAGAGUGAAGAUGUAGGCAAAACUACUCCAUCAUCUGACCCAAGUUCACUUAAAGUUGCUGAAAGCUGUGUUAUUACAACAGAUGCCGCAAAGCACCCUGAAAAAACAGAAGUAGGGGACACAGGCAAAGGGCAUACAUCUCAUGAACCAACCUUAAAGAGGAGAUUGUCAUCACCAGAGGAUGAUACUUCAUCUGAAGUACCUGAUUCAAAAAAAGGAGAUGAAGGCAAAGUGUCUCAGUCACCAGAGUCAAGCUUUUUGAUGAAGGAAACUUGCCAGUCAGUGACCACAGGCAGCCUGACUGGCAGCUCUUUGCCACCAGACCACUCGGGGUCCCAGACUACGUCUAGUGUCUCCCCUCCACUAACAGGUAGCUAUGCUGAUAUUGGACAGGGAAGAUCUGGAGAAUAUUCUGAGCAAUUUUACAGCAAGGACAGCCAGGAAGAAACGAAGGAUAAGGAUAAGAAAGAAACCCCCGUUCUUUCAGAUUCCUCCCAAGCAUCGAAGCCUAACGAUGAUAAAUAUUUCAGCCAAAGAGACACGGAAGAACCCAGUCUAGAUGAGAGACAGACCCCUGAUGUCACUGCAAAACAUGAGGAAACUACCUCAUCAGCCUGCACAUACACCACCUUAAUGUACUCUACUUCAACAUACUCCUCUACAUCCUACAGCUACUCGUCUUCAUCCUCAAUGUCUGGUUAUUUGGGAGACAAAGUUGAAACUUUAACUGUAUCAAGCUCAAAAUCACCUUUAGCCAAAGAGGAGCCAUUGUUCACACCAUCAUCUACAAGUUCCUGCUUUGGUGGGUUUCAGAGGGAUGCGUACAUGGAGGUCACAGCUAAACCUACAACAACAGUGUCUUUACCCACUCAGUUUGAUGAGACAUCAUCUCCAAGCUUGUCUGCCACUGCCAAGAAACCUGAGGAUCAACCUAGUCCUGCAAAACCAGACUCAGACACAAAGUCUUGUACUGAUACUUUUUAUAUGCUAGAAACAAAGAUUGCAACACCCACUACUGCAGCACCUCUACAAAGUAUCGAACCUGUAAAGAUGUUAGACAGUUCAUCCACAUCAGAGGCUCACUUUGAUGUCUCUCCCCUCCAAAGGGCUGACAGGGACUCCCAAGGGUCAGAGGAAGACAAGGAGCCCGAUUCACUUGAAAUGGAGGACACCACCCUACCAUGUCGUAUUGAAUGUCAAAAAAUCGAAGUGGCUGAGCAAAAAGAAACUUUUUCAUCAACAGCUGAGUCAUAUGCUACAGAGAGUACCAUGUCCUCUACUGAAACAAAGACAGUCACCAUCACCUCAACUACUGUGGUGUCUAAAUCUGACUUGGUGACGGAAACAACUCAACAGACAACCUCAGUCCCUCUGCUGAGUGACAGUGGAACUACCAAAACCUCAUGUGCCAUAACAGACCUGUCCCAAACCGAAGAUGUUAAAGAGAAAACAAUACAGGUAAAAGAGGAAAAGAAAAAUGGAGCUGUUGUACCUUUGAUGGAAACUGCCAAGACAUCGGAAAUAGAAACAAGUGAAAGGGAUGAAAGGACAGAGAUACUCAAAGACACUGGUGUCAAAGAGAAGGUGGAGGAAAAGGCACUGGAAGAAAAGGCCAGUAAAGACCUCGCAGAAGAAAAAACAGAGAGCAAAAAAGUAGAAGAUGGGAAGCAAGAAGUGGCAGAAAGAGUGGAAGGGAAAAGCCUGUUAGAAAAGCCCCCAGAGAGAUUAGAAAUGAGGAGAAAGAGCAGUAUUUCUGAUUGGGAGCUACUGCAGAGGCCUGAUGACUGCCCAAGUGGCCCACCUCCAGGUUAUGGUGAUGAUGAUGAAGAGGAAGAAGCUAUGGAAGCGAUGGAAUGGGUGGCCAGUGCUACCUCUACAUCCUCCUCAAAAGAUCACACAGAAACAUCGAGUAGAGGAGACAUAAAGGCGGAUCGUCCUUCUGACUUGACCACUGGAGCGACGUCCUCCUCGUCCUCCCCUCAAGGAUACUCCUCCUGUGAAUAUAAACAUCGCAAAGGAGAACUGUCCCCAUCCUUCAUCAACCCCAGUCCUCAUGAACUCUCCAGUGAUGAGGACGUAGAGGAAGGCCACAGUGACCACUCCCAGGAAGGGGGUGAGGAUGAACAUGAGCAACACUCUGUGAAAAGGCGAUCACACAAGCAGAGGCACCACCAUGCCCAGAGUCAUCAAGGAGAUGCUGGGCAAGGGUCACACCAGCUGCCUGGAGCAAUGUCAUCUGGGUUGGCUGUGACGCUAGCUGGAGAGGAAACACCUCCGACAUCAGUGAGCGAGUCGUUACCAUCACAGAGCGACUCCGAUGUUCCCCCUGAAACCGAGGAGUGUCCAUCCAUAACAGCAGAGGGAAAUCUGGACUCAGACGAAGAUGCUGAGCACCUGCCAGUGGACAAAUUAUCAGCUUCUGGAGCUGGUGGAGGCCACCACCCCUCAUCACCACGGUCAUCUCAGAAGUCCCACGAUCCACCACCCACCCCAAUGAAGGACCCUCUACCCCACCCGCCGCACCCAGAUGUGUGCAUGGUAGAUCCAGAGGCUCUUCUCAAUGAUCACAGUAGCACAGAGAAAGUCCUCAAGAAGGAGCACAAGACCACCAAGGGCCUCAGAAAGUCCAAACCCAAGUCAGCCUCUCCUGCUCGUAAGGGGGAGGCCAGGAAGAGGUCUUCGACCCCAGUGAAGCAGACCAAGGACUCCGCCUCCCCUCGAUCAGCCUCCCUCAAGAGGAAGGACACAGACAGAAGUUCCAAGCUGAUCAAAAUGUCAGAAACCCAAGGCUCAAGGAGUGAAAUCCUCAACCCUGGGAAGGGCUUGGUCAAUGGCGUCAAGAGCAGUUCAGGUAACAACUCCCAGAAAUCAAGUUCAGCUGUCCCUCCCGGACCACCCGUCUAUGUUGACCUGGCCUAUGUGCCCAAUCACUGCAGUGCCAAGAAUGUGGACCAAGAAUUCUUCAAGAGAGUGCGGGCUGCGUACUACGUAGUGAGCGGGAAUGACCCGGGCAGCGGGGAGCCCAGCCGUGGAGUCUUGGAUGCCCUGCUGGAGGGCAAAUCUCAGUGGGGCUCCAAUUUACAGGUGACUCUGAUCCCCACUCAUGACACAGAGGUGACCCGGGAGUGGUACCAGCAGACCCACGAGAGGCAGCAGGACCUGAACAUCAUGGUCUUGGCUUCCAGCAGCACCGUAGUCAUGCAGGACGAGUCCUUCCCGGCCUGCAAGAUCGAGUUCUGAGCUUCAUGAGCCCUGCUCUGCUUUUCCCCGCCACCGCCGAGCCCUCAUCCUCAUCCAGAGGUAGAGCGAGAGCGAACAGUGCUCUCAGCUUCCUCAAAGUUUCUCAAUCUCUCAUGGUUCCAUUCUCAAACACAUUUGCUGCAGCUCUCGAUACACUAGAUUCUGUUAGCUGAAAUCAAAAGUCAAAAUUCUGGAUGUAUGCUUUGUGGAAUUAUAUUACUGUAUUUUUGUUUGUUUUCUUCCGUGAGUUCAAUGUCUGCCGUAACACAUUUCUUGUAGUAGCACUAACAAGUGUGGUAAAAAUUCAAAACCCUUUCAAUAACGUAAUUACACCUAACAGCUUCCUCUGCUUCAUAUCUAACAGAUAAAUGGACAUCAUAACCCACGAAUAAUUAAUGUCAUAAUGUCAAAUAAUGUGACAAGUUUAUUAAGAAGCACUGUGUUUAACUCAAAAUGUGAUGCUCCCAAGUAGCCAAAACAAGUGCCAAAACACAGUGAAAUCAUCAAACCUUAUUAGCGAUAUUGAAUCCAAAUUUAAUUUUUAUCUAAAUGAACCAGUGAUCAAUUAUUCAUUUAGAUUGUAUGGAGCGUUUCUAUAAGUUCAAACGUUUCCUAAAUUGAGGCUUUAUUUUCAACAAAUUGCAUCUCCCGCGAUUGUGCUCACGCUACAUUAGUUUGGAUUAACUCAGUAAUGACACACGUCGGUGUAUUGUAACUAAUAAAAUGUCCUUCCUGUCAUUUGUGGUGAAGUUUUAGGAGGUGCCUAAAGUUGCCACUCUUUGAACUCUUUCUUCUCGGCUUUCACAGCUUAGCUGGUGCAUGAUGCUUGCGUUGUAGCUCGGACUCUUUCGGAGAGAACAGCAUAGGGUUAAUCCUUUCUUUAGCCAGCCUUCAAGUGUGGAAUGCAGUAUAGUGUAGAUAGAUUACUACACUGUUUGGCUGUCUACGCUCAAGUGAAUUCAAUAGGCGCCAGGCAAAGGGACAAUGUUUCUAUACUUAUCAUAUCUCUGCUGGGUGUAAAGGUUCUUCUUUAAGUCUUUAUCACAGUCUCUGUUGAUUGUAUGUGCUCCAGUAUACAUCUAGGGUAAAUGUUUCAUACCAACACAGAGGUUAUGUUCAAGAAAUGUCAUGUUUCGUGAUGAUGCAGCAAAUUAUGAUCCUGAGAUGAAUGCAGCGUUCUUUGUGACGCACUUGAGAAGAAGGUUUAACGAACGCUUCUGUCACUUCCUCCCGUUCAACCACAUCGUACCGUCUGUGUCAAUAAAUAUCACUAAAAGAUGGAAAUAACAAGCAGUGACCUGUGACAAAUGUAGCAACGAUAGCUCGUCUGCUCGUCCCUUUUCGGGGAACGACGCUCGGGAACUGCAAUAUUUACCUUUUAUUAUUGGGGUUAUUUUUCAAGGAGAACAAAAAGAGUGUCACAGGAGGCUUCUUUCAUGUGCCUUUAGCUUGUGGUUUUAUAGAGAGGGGGGUGUUUGACGACGUGUCAGCCAUUUUAAGGCAGAGCGAGAAACCAGGGUAAAUCAAAGAAAGAGGACCAAUCAGUUCAUAAACAAGUCUUAAACAGUCAAAGUAUCCGGUGAAAUAUGACCCUCCCAUUCCUCAAACUUACGAAAUAACUUAAUAACGGUCAGCGUUAACUCAACACCCUAAAAUGCCACCUUCAAACCAAUAUGAAUGUUUUAUAGUAAUCUAUCGCACCAAAAUAGCAAAGCACUUUUCUGGGGAGAAUGACGCGUGUUUAAAGGUCAGGUUUUGUUUGCAGCUGAAGCACAGAGAGUUAGUGUGGUAGCAGAAAUGAACUUUUCAUUAAUAUAAUAAUAUAAAUAUAUGUACAAGAUGUUCCUCCGGACUGAGCUUGCUGACAGUGAGGGACGGCAUCUUAACAUAUCUAACACCUACCUGAUAUAAAUCCCAGAGUAAUAUUUAUAGAAUGAGCAUGAAUGGUGAUUAUGACCGUACUGGAUGCAGUUAUAACCUAGGAAUGUUUUCAAAGUAGUUUUGUGUAUGUGAGUAUACAAUACAAACAGAGUAGCUGUUUUUUUGUUUUUUUUUUUAUAGUGCGGCAUGGUUCAUUUCCUGUGGGCAAGUUUGUUUUCUGUGGGUACAGCGUGAAAAGUCUUUUCUGCUCGAGACUCGAGAGCGGCUCACGUUUCAUCAGGCCAUGUUUUAUUUCCCAGGUUAUAUGCAAGUUUAUAGAGCGUUACAAUAAAUUUGGAUUUUAUUUCCUCCACAUUUUGUGCUGUGAGGCUGAUGCAGCUUAUCUUUUGUUUACGUUGAAGUUUUGUAUCGGAAGAAAUAGAUUUCAGCCAAGAUGACUGGCACAUUUGUUUUGUUUUGUGAAGAUGGAUUUGGAGCUAAAGGACGGGCCAGGCUGAGUGAGGUCGGGGCAUGUUUUUAUUUUCCCAGCCAUUGAUAGCGGAUUGAUUGUCAGGAUGUCGCCAGCUAAAACUUCUUACCAUCAUUUAUGAUUUAAAAUCACAGAUUAAACUCCACAGAAGGCAAGACUAUGUUGUCACCUUGUGCUAGGUGAGAACCAGUGCCAAUUUCUGCUAGUAAAACUCACUUUAUACCUCAUCUUGGAAAGCCUCUCUGCUCUGCCUGCUCUCCUUUACCUUUAAAUCAAAGAUGGCCGUCUCACUAGUUAGCCACUGAAUGUUGUUUGUCCUUUUAUUAUGCAGAGGCAGACAUAGCUUCUUCUUCUUUUUUUUUAUUAUCCCACUGGGGGAGAAUUUCUGAGUGUGAUGCAGGUUGUAUAUUAAACAGCUGAGUACGCACAAGUACACGUACAUCCUAGUGUAGGGGGAGCUGGUUAACUGAAGGGCAAGGGGACGUUUUGAAUAGACUCCCUUGAAAACAGUUCACGUGUGAGAAGUGAACCUUCCGUAUGAGAUGCGUUCAAAAAAGGAAGAAGCUUUUCAACGUACGGAUCAGAUUUUACGGAUGGCCUGAUUUGUUGAACUGUCUGUGAAUAAUGUUUUUAAGUUGGCAGAUUCCAAAUACCCAGCCUUGAUUUUGUCGAGGCAUUAGUAGAACGCUGUGAACCAUUCAAUACUGAACUAUGAUUAUACAGAAGCUGAAUGCACUAUACUGGAGAUCUAUUUUUCUGAAUGUAGAGUUGGUACUACCAUAUGAAUGCUGCUGGAUCAAAACAAUAGAAAAAAAAAACAAAACAAAAAAAAAAUAAAACAUUCACACCAACUUAAUAAUAAAUUUACGGGGAGUAUAGAAGGCAGGUACUUUGGUUUAGAUUUAUUUUUUCUUUCUUUUACAAAAGCAACUGAGAUUCCACAAUAAACAUAUAUAAACAGUUACACAGAAAUGGUACUGACUGCAGCUGCAACUCCUUUCUUUUCCUGAAUAUGACUUGAAACACAUGCAGACUCAAAAACCAUCAAUAAAAUUGAACAAAUGUACACCUGCGUACUGUAACCAGAUUUGUACAUAUCGCUCUGGAGAGAACAAAUCUGACAGUUACAACCAACUCUGUGAUACCGACUCAUUUUAGCUGAUUUUAGUGACAGGAUGACCAAAACUGCUUGCUGUUCCUUGAAAACUACACAAAAUGCUGACAAGAUACAGAAAGUAAAAAAAUAAAUAAAGAAAAAAAAGACGAGUGCAUAUUUCAGUUCAAUUUCAUCCUCAUACCUGCAUUAAACUGAAGAUCUCAUUUGAUCAGCAUAUGGUGUCAUCUGUCCAUCAAAUCUUUCUGCAUGUGAUUUAUUUAGUUAUAAUCCUGAAUGUAAUUGUUUAACAUGGAAAUAAUAAUAAAAAAAAAUACAACGCUAUUUUAAAGAGGUAUAUUUGAAAAAAACAACAAAAAAAAAGCUAAUUGUCUUAACUGGUACUGAAAUGACCUACAGUAAUAUAAUACUGGGCUGUGCUUUUAUUGUUUGCCCUGUUAAUAUGUUGUUAAGAAGACGCUGUAUUGAUAGUUCUGUUUGAUUCUCUCUAUCUCUAUCUCUCUAUCUUUUUCGCAUUGUAUUACUCUUAAUUAUGUUUUUCUUCCUCAGCGCAAUAUUCAGUAUCUCUCUGUCUCUUUAAAUCUAACUGGUAAAACUUAAAACUAGAACUACCGCAGAUUCAUUGUAAAAGGGAAACAGCCUGGUGAUCAUCUAUUAAAGUACAUCAAAAUCCA